AUGCCUUCCGUGGAGCGUUCCGCUCCCGGAAUGGAGGAGGUAGAGCCUGCGGUCGGUCCAGGUCUGGGCGCCUCAGAGGCUACCGCCCCGGAAGCAGCACUGAAGGAAGAGCAAGCUGCGCCAGGGGAGAGCGCCUCUGCGUCCGCCGAGGCGUUGGGGGAGGUAGCUCUGGCAGAGCCGGAAGCCAUCGCGCUGAAGGUCGACCCGGACACGUUGACGGCAGAAAUCGGCGAGAUGUCGCUGGAAGAUGAAGACCCGGAUUGGUCUGGCGACGAGGCCGAAAUUCCGGUAGCUACCGCCUUGCCGGGCGAGGCUGCGUCCAGCUCCACCAAACAAGAGGAGGGCAGGGGAACUAAGAAGGAACUCGAGCUCGACGAGACGGAGGAACCACCGCGCCGCCGCAAAGUGGUGUUGGCUACUGGCCAGUUGUCGCUUCUCCGGGCUCUGGCAGCCGCCAACGCGUCCAACUGGUCCGGGGUUCAGCGUGCUCUCAGAGAAGCCCAGGGGUCGGGCGAGGAGAAGAGCGAGCUUGUGGAGAACCUUACGUCCCUGGCGCAAGCGUUCUCCAAGAACCGCGACGCCUGCGCGCAGGCGGCAACCUCAAGGGCAGCCGCUCUCGCGGAGCUCGAGGGCGCAGAAGCCGCCUACUUCGCGGCGCUCCCCCCGGCCCUGGCAGAACUGGAACGCAAAAACCCAGUGAGGCCCAGUAUGGAUAAAAGCCUCGGGUGGAUCAACCACGCACGCUUCCUGCAGGACAAGGAAGCCGCCGGAGUGUGGGUGGCACGCAGAAAGGAGAAAUCCCGCCUGCGAGCUGCUGCGCACCGUGCGGCUCAGCAGACUGCCGAAGGCGUCGGUGCAGGGGUGCAAGACCCGGUCCGCGACCAGGCGGACGCAGCCAGCCACCUCAACUUUCAAAUGAAUGAGGCGGCAAGGGACAACCUGCGGCGCUUCCAGGCAGAGCUGCGAGCUGGGGAGCUAGACGCCCCGAUGCGAGCCGCGGUAGCUCAGAAGCGCAAGCCUGAGUCCGAGCGCAGGCGACGCAUCAAAUGGGCCAUGCCGUGGCCCGCUUCGGGCCCGGCAGGUGCGCUACGGAGGCACCGUGGCCUGCUUCAGGCCCGGGCAUGGCUGGAGAAGGGCAGCCACCCCCUCGUGGCCCCGAGCGGGAAUUCCCCCGCAGAAACGAAGCGGAAAUUCUCAGAAGAAGGGCCGGAACCGGGGGUAGUCCCCGCCCGUCGCUGGGCGCAAGAAAGACUGCAGUUGGUGAAGGACCACCUAUCACCAUCCACCCAGCGGUUGUAUGACGGCCAUUGGCGCUGGUGGGAGCUAUACACUAGACGUCGGGGCGUUUCAGCACUCCGCUCCGUGGAUCGUUUCGAUCCCGGAGAAGAGUCGUUGUUCCUCGACUAUCUGGUGUACCUAUUUGUGGGCCAAGGGCUAGCAGCAGCCACAGCACAGGCCCGCCUGGGAGCGAUUCGAAGCGUACACCUACAGCUCGGCUUCCCAGACCCGCUGAAGCCGCUUCCUCGUUUGCAACUUGCACUCGAGGGAAUCAGGAGGAGAAAAGGACCCAUCGCCAAGCGACGUCCAGUUACUCCGCACAUGUUAGCAAGGGCCCAAGCGGCGUUGCCACGGGGGCUGUGGGGAAGACAGCUCAACUGUGCAUUGCAACUCGGUUUCUUCUUUCUCUUGCGAGUCUCGGAACUGGUCGGCGGCAAUAACCCAAAGCUUGGGCUCCGUGUCAAAGAUGUCAAGCUGUAUAGCCGUGGCGAGUUCCUCGCCCGGCCGCCCUUCAGCGGGGCAGAUGAGGUGCAGAUCGUUGUGAGAGCCUCAAAGACGGAUCCCGAAGGGGAAUCCGCCACGAGGAACUUAUUUCGCAGCGAUGCGGCCGUCUGCCCUGUAUUGGCGACCAUAGAGUUUCUGGAACUCAAAUGGUCAGAAGCCACGCCGCAUCAGGAGGAAAGAUUCUUCGGAGAACUUACAAGGCAGGACAUCCAGACGGCACUGCAAACUGUCGCUGCCUCCUUGGGAGAGGAGGCGUCCGCCAACACCGCUGCCUGCAUGGCCCGCGCAGACAUGACGCCGGUCAAAGGGUCCGAACCUGUCGACUUCGAGGACUUCGUGACGCUAGCUGACAAAGCUCGGAUGACAAAGGUGAUUUCCGAACGGCGUAUGGCCGGCUUCUCUCCAGCUGAGAUCAGCCAGCUCGAGGAGAUGUUCAAGCACUAUGACAAAGAUGAGAGUGGGGACAUCGAUUCCUUUGAGGUGCAGGAGCUCUUGAACGACUUUGGACUUCCAUGCAGGACUAUCGCAGAACGGCAGGCAGCACUUGACCAGCUCGAAGAGGCCAAGCAACUCGCCGCCGAGGCCGGUGUGAAAUCGCCCAAGGGGAAAAUCAACAGCAUGAUUACGUUCUGGGAGCUCGUACAGCUUGUCAGACUUGUGAAGACAAGUCGUGCAAAGGCGAAGGAGGAAGAAAGUCGAACCUUGCUUGAAGCCAUCUCCUUCUCCAAGCAAGAGAUUGAUGACUUCCGAUCUGUCUUCUUGAACUGGGCCAAAUACGGUGGUCUCAAUCCGGCUGUGGACGAAGGGACGCUGGGCCAGCGUGUAUCUCUGCAAGAGACUGCUGCCAAGAAGAAGGAUACAGAGGAUUUGGAUGAGGAAGAGCCUGGCCUCACCCAUUCGAUGUUUCAGCGACUGCUGCGAUCGCUGGAAUUGCAGAUCAACCAGCAGGCCAAACAGGCCAUGGAAGAGAAAUUGAGCCGUGUCCAGUUGACAGACAAGCACGAACUCAGCUUUGUUGGUUUCCUACAGAUGAUGCGGUGGAUGCUGGAUUCCAACUUUGCGGGCAUCAACACCAACGCGCAGAAGGUGGCAGCAGCCAGGCAAGAGGACCACUUCUCCAAAGUCUUGCGGAGUCAUUGA